AUGACGCUGAAAAAGAUAAUGACCAGUUCUGGACUGGUGCCCUUUGACAGCAAGAAACCGACAGUUUGUAAGGGAGAUGAGAAUAUACUGAAUCUGAUUCCUGGAAAUCGAACUGAGGCGCUUGUUCCGAAGAGGUACACUGGGUACACUUCGUGUUUCAAACCGAGUGUUGUGGCCGAGCGGAGGAGGAACAGACACUGCCGACGCACUAUGGGAUUCGCUUUGGAACCUCUGAAAGACCCUGACUGUUACCUGAAGAAGAACUGUGGGAUAAGACCUCCGAUGCACUGUGUGACCAAACACAAGCACGACCCCUGCGACCUCAAACCCCCCAUUCCCAAAGAUCCACCUCUGAUGAACCAGAAAAGAGACACUGACUUCAUCAGGCUGAAUGCAGCAGAGAAUAUUCUACUCAAGGGCUGUCCAAAUGCAAUCAGACGUGGCUUCAUCGACGACAAAAAGGGUCACUUCGAACCACUCACAGGCAACAACCUGGAAAAGAAGUACGUGUACAAGCCUGCCUAUGGAAGGACCCCCAAGUACUUGUUGAGGAGAUACAAACAGCAGUACGACACGCAAUUAGAGGAGGACAGGUACAACGGAGAGUUCCUACAGAGGGGCACUUCUAAGCUGCUGUGUGAGGAUGAGAAGCAGGCCCUUCUGUGGGGUCUCAAGCAGAACUGGGAGUCAGUGAACAAAGAGUACAUCUGUGGACUGAAGGCCAGUGACUCAAACGUACAGAAGAGGCCAGUACAGUACAAGGAGAAACUGGAAGCUGAGCUGGAUGACAUCAAGAAGGACAUAGACUUGCUGGAGAAACACCAGUUUGUUUAUGUGCCCAGAGACGAGUAG